AUGAAAAUGCCUUCCGCCCUAAGCGAGAAGAGAUUAUUCCGCAAGAAAUCCAGUCAGACCAAAUCGCAAAUCACAACCAUCUCAAAGCUAGUCUCUCGCAGUGGAGCUUCAUCGCCAGUCGAACCAAUCCAGCGUCCUUCAGAAGAAAAAACAGCAGUCGGAGACUCAUCUUCUAGUGACAUUCUUCGAAAUGAUCACUCCCCCAGCCCAAAAUACGAUGAGAUUCUUUUGGAUGAUUCGGCAGUCCUCGCACCAUGCGAGUACAUCCGGUCGCUCCCCUCCAAGAACGUCCGUGCAACGGUCAUUCAAGCCUGUAACUUGUGGUUCCAGCUGUCUGAAAUUUACACCACCACCGUUGUCGACAUCAUCUCAGACCUCCACAAUGCCUCUUUGAUCCUGGACGACAUCCAAGAUGACACCGUCCUCCGCCGAGGAAGCCCAGCCGCACACUGUGUCUACGGAAAUGCACAGGCUAUCAACAGUGCCCUUUACAUGGCCUUCAACAACUGCGCAAGGCUAGGACAACUUAAGCUUACGGACCCAGCGGCCAUGAACGCUCUGGUGAAUGGAACAAUCGAACUAUCUAUCGGUCAAAGCUGGGACUUGAAAUGGAAAGCCCAACUGCAUUGCCCGUCUGUGGGAGAAUACAUGGCGAUGGUUGAUGGAAAGACAGGAGCGAUGCUCAAGUUGAUCAUUCAUUUGAUGCACAGCAUGUCCGACCAGCGUCAAAUGGACAAUUUCAUGCCUUUAUUCGACCGAUUGGUGGUCCUUCUCGGACGUUUUUACCAGGUUCGCGACGACUACCAAAACCUGCAGGACGACACAUACUCAGAGCAGAAGGGAUUCUGCGAGGACCUUGAUGAGGGCAAGAUCUCUUAUCCUGUUAUUGUGUGCUGCAACGCUGAUCCCGCUGCGAAGGAUAUCAUUCUUGGUAUCUUCCGCGAAAAGCGAGAUCCUGGUGUCAACCCAUUACCUAAGAGUGCGAAGGUUUUCAUGUUGCAAGUGAUUGAUCGCUCCGGCGCAUUUGAGAGUACAUGGAACAUGUUGCAGACCUUGGGUAAAGAUACAUGGGAUGCGCUCUUGGCCCUGGAAGUGGCUACAGGGAAGGCCAGCCCUGCGCUACAACAGAUGAUCAAGAUGUUGAUCAACACUAUACAGCCGCCUAAGCGUUGGUGA